UAAUCUCAUCAUCAUCAUCAUCUCUCUCUCUCUCUCUCUCUCUCUCUCUCUCUCUCUCUCUCUCUAGCUCUCAAUCGCCAUGGAUCAAGAGUAUGAUGUGAUCGUGCUGGGGACUGGGCUCAAGGAGUGCAUUCUCAGUGGCCUUCUCUCUGUCGAUGGCCUUAAGGUCUUGCAUAUGGACAAAAAUGAUUAUUAUGGUGGGGAAUCAACAUCACUCAAUCUCAAUCAGCUUUGGACAAGGUUCAGAGGAAAUGAUAAACCUCCAGCACAGUUAGGCUCUAGCAGAGAUUACAACGUUGACAUGAUUCCCAAGUUCAUGAUGGCUAAUGGCACCUUGGUUCGUGUUCUCAUUCACACAAAUGUUACAAAAUAUUUGUCUUUCAAAGCGGUAGAUGGAAGCUAUGUCUUCAGUAAAGGAAAGAUCCAUAAGGUUCCUGCAACUGAUAUGGAGGCUCUUAAAUCUCCAUUGAUGGGAUUGUUUGAGAAACGAAGAGCUCGGAAGUUCUUUGUUUAUGUUCAAGAAUUCAAUGAAAACGAUCCAAAAACACAUGGGGGAUUGGACCUCCAUAGAGUCCCUUUGUGUAUCCUUAAUGUGAUCUAUAUUAUCUUAAAAUAUGGUCUGGAUGACAAUACAAUAGGCUUUAUUGGUCAUGCAUUGGCACUUCAUAGGGAUGACUCCUAUCUAAAUGAGCCUGCACUUGAUACUGUAAAGAGGAUGAAGCUUUAUGCAGAAUCCCUGCUACGAUUCCAAGGGGGUUCACCAUAUAUCUAUCCUUUGUAUGGAUUAGCAGAACUCCCUCAGGCAUUUGCUCGUCUCAGUGCUGUUUAUGGUGGUACAUACAUGCUGAACAAGCCCGGUUGCAAGGUAGUAUUUGAUGAAGAGGGAAAAGCUUGUGGUGUUACAUCUGAAGGAGAAACUGCUAAAUGCAACAAAGUUGUGUGUGAUCCUUCAUACUUGCAAGACAAGAUUAAGAAGGUCGGAAAAGUUGCAAGAGCAAUUGCUAUUAUGAGCCAUCCUAUUCCAAACACUGACGGCUCUCACUCAGUGCAAGUUAUACUCCCACAAAAGCAACUUGGAAGAAAAUCAGACAUGUAUCUUUUCUGCUGUUCCUAUACACAUAAUGUUGCUCCUAAAGGAAAGUUCAUUGCAUUUGUCUCAACUGAAGCUGAGACCGAUCAUCCUGAGACUGAACUAAGGCCAGGGAUCAAUCUUCUUGGCGCCGUUGAUGAAUUAUUUUUUGAUACCUAUGAUAGAUUUGAACCUGUCAAUGAAUCCUCAUCUGAUAAUUGUUUCAUAUCGACUAGUUAUGAUGCUACAACACAUUUCGAGUCGACCGUUACCGAUGUUCUUGCACUGUAUACCAAAAUUACUGGAAAGACUGUUGACCUUAGCGUGGAUCUAAGUGCUGCAAGAGCCGCUGAGGAAUGAAGAGACUUAUCAAGCAUUAUUUAUGUACCGAGAUUUUCAUAAGUUUUUGUUUUUUGUUGUUCUAUAAGCUGAAUUAGUGUCAGAUAAUCAGAAUGAUAAAAAUAUGUCUGGAGAAUUGAAGAAAUUUCUUUUUCUCAACUUACAGGAAGUUUUCCCCA